AUGAUAUUUCUCCUAAGCUUCCUACUGGCCGUCGCUCGUGCUGCGGUCAUCGUGCCGGGAGCUGCGUGGACCGACACCUCAGGCAACGUCAUCCAAGCGCACGGCGGAGGGUUCCUCACAGUCGGCAGCACACGGUACUGGUUCGGAGAGGACAAAUCCGCCAACAGCGCCCUAUUCAAGGCCGUGUCCUGUUACUCGUCGUCGGACUUGAUCACAUGGACGAGGCAGAACGACGCGCUGACCCCCAUCUCCGGAACGAACAUAUCGACGUCCAACAUCGUCGAGCGUCCCAAGGUCAUUUUCAACAAGAAGAACUCGGAAUACGUGAUGUGGUUCCACUCCGACACCUCCAACUACGGCGCCGCCAUGGUCGGCGUCGCGACCGCGAAGACGCCCUGCGGACCUUACUCGUACCGGGGAAGCUUCAAGCCCUUCGGCGCGGACUCGCGCGACAUGGGUCUCUUCCAAGACGACGACUCCGCGCAGACGUCCUACCUGCUGUACGCGUCGGACAACAAUCAGAAUUUCAAGAUUUCGCAGCUGGACGGAAACUACUACACCGUCCAGACCCAGGUCGCAGAGCUCUCCGGCGCGACGCUCGAAGCGCCGGGCAUCGUGAAGCGCAACGGCGUCUACUGGCUCUUCGCGAGCCACACCUCCGGCUGGGCCCCAAACCCGAACAAAUACUUCUCCGCCUCCUCCAUCUCCGGCACCUGGUCCUCCCAGGCCGACAUCGCGCCCGAAGCGAACCGGACCUACUUUUCGCAGAACAACUACGACUUCCCGCUCGGCUCGAGCGCGAUCUACAUGGGCGACCGCUGGCGCCCGGACCUGCUCGGCAGCAGCCGGUACAUGUGGUUCCCCCUCAGCUGGGCCUCCGGCGUCCCGCAGAUCGUGUACGCGGACGUGUGGUCGCUCGACCUCGCCGCGGGGACGUACGCCGUCGCGAGCGGGACGACGUACGAAGCCGAGAGCGGCACCCGCGCCGGCUCGUCGACGCUCAUCACCAACGGCGCCUUCUCGGGCGGACGCGCCGUCGGCUACCUCGGGAACGGCGGGACCGUGACGAUCAACGACGUCCAGGGCACGGGCUCGCCGCAGUGGGUCUCGCUCUACUACGCCAACGGGGACUCUAGCUGGCGGAACGUCACGGUGUCCGUCAACGGAGGCGCGACGGUGUACGUCGACCAGCCCGACACAGGGAAUGGCCUGGUGACGCUCAGCGUGCCCGUCAAGCUCACGCUCAAGAGCGGGAGCAACUCGCUCACGUUCGGAUCGGGGCAAUCGAACUACGCCGGGGAUUUGGACAAGAUCGUCGUCUACACGGCGACGUAG